AUGGACCCAUGUUUAAGUAUAGACGAAUGUAUUCAAGAAUUUGAUACACCUAAUUUAACUGAUUGGAAAUUAUUUUCACAAAGUUCAACUUUAACUGUUUAUCGACAAUCAAAUAAAAAAUUAUUUUAUUAUAAAGGUUUUUCUUAUCUCCCAGAUGUAUUACCAGAAAUUUUUUAUAAAGUAGCAAUUGAUGUUGAAUAUCGAGUAGUUUGGGAUAAAUAUCUUAAAGAAGGAAGAAAAAUUAGUGAUGAAGAUAAACAUGGUGUUUAUUGGCAAAUUGUUAUGCCAUUAUUUAUGAGCAAUAGAGAUUAUACAUUCAUACAAGAAUAUAAUGAAUAUGAUAUUGAUAAUCGACAUUUUUAUUAUGUUUUAACACGUAGUGAACAAUUUAAAAGUGAACCACCAAGAAAAAAAAUUAUUCGAAUUGAAAAUUGUCAAUCACAAACAUUAAUUUGCUCGGAUGGUGCGAAUGGUUUGAAAUCAAUAUUCUUGUAUUGUGAAGAUCCACGAGGUAGUUUUCCUAAAGCAGCAUGGUCUUGGGUUGCUAAAUUUGGUAUUCCAUAUUAUGCAAAAUUAACACAUAAUGCUUGUAAAAAUUAUCCUCAAUGGAUAAAAGAUAAAAAGAUAGUAUUGCCUAAUGUAGUGGAAGAUGAUAUUGAUAAUUCAGCAGCAGCAGCAGCUGCUGCUGCUGCUAUGAUUAUGCCAACAGAUGAUGUGACUGGUAAUGAUGAUAAUGAAGAUGAAGAACAACAAGACAAAGAAUGA